CCAUUAGUGUGAUUAGACAAGUAAAAAAAGUGACCAUUCACUUUACUAAAACCUUCAUUUGUCUCAAGAGAAUUUAGAGAGAGAGAGAGAAUUAAAAUGGAUUCGUUUGUUUCCGAGAAUGUUGCGGCUGAGAAAGUUGUUGCCAUGAAGAGGUUCGAGAGAAGGAGAAAGUUUUGGAAGUUUCUUCCUGUUAUUGAAGCUCUCGUCGCCGUGUUACUCAUACUCUCUUUGUUUACGUCGUCUCUCUCCGCCGGUGAGUAUCUACGCCGGCUUAUUUCCGGUGGUUUGACCGGCGGAAUAUUCAUAAUAUUCGGAGUCGUGAACGUUCUCAUAGCCCUGAUAUUCUCCUUAUCUAACCACCAGAAGAAGAAGCUAAUGAUCGAACCUGAUCUGUAUUUUCAAUACGUUUCCUCCUCCGCCGCUGCUCCUGUCGCCGCCGUAGUCUCGAAACCUUCGGCGUCUGAAAACGCAGAAAAGACUUCAGAGGUAAAGCCAAAGACGACGGACUCUCUCAGCUCCGUUACUCUGGAGAAUAAAGAAACUAUUUUAACCGCCGGAGAGGCUCGAAUGGUGAGGCGAGAGAUGGUCCGUGCGGUCAGUUCAGUGGCGGAGACAGCUGAUCGUGCUAUAAGGAGGAAGCGUGAAAUGACUUUUCUGCCCGCAACUAUGACUCAUGAUGAUCAUCAUAUUUACAGGAGGUCGAGAUCAGAGAGGCUUAACCUACGGGGAGAUCUUGGCCGGAGCAUGAGACGGUUGUGCGAGAUGGAUGAUCUGAGCAACGAUGAGUUUCGAUCAACGGUGGAGACUUUUAUAGCAGGGAAGAAGAAGAUGUUGUUGAAGGAAUGGAUGAAGCCGUGAAAUGUUUAUUC